AUGUAUAUUAGGACGGAAAUGUCAAUCUCCAAGGAAAGUGCUUUAUUGGGCACCAAUUGGAAGAAGGAUGAACCUGUACCUUAUGCUGUUCUUUGUCGCACCUUUGAGAAAUGUGAAAAUACCACAAAACGUCUGGAAAUUACUGAAUAUUUGGUCACUCUAUUUGUUCAAGUCAUGCGAUUAUCUCCUUCUGGACUUUUAGAAAUUGUUUACAUGUGUAUUAACAAAUUGUGUCCAGAUUAUGAAGGAUUAGAAUUGGGAAUUGGUGAAUCAUUAUUAAUGAAGGCUAUUGCAAAAUCAACUGGAAGAACAAUGAAAGCGCUCAAAGAUGACUAUAUAUUGAUUGGUGAUUUAGGAACAGUAGCCAAGAAUAGCAAGACUUCACAACGAACACUCUUUCGACCAAAACCAUUGACAACAGUUCAUGUAUUCAAAACUCUCAAAGAAAUCGCACAACUCUCUGGUCAAUCUUCUCAAAACAAAAAGGUGGAUAAGAUUCAAGGUUUACUAGUGGCUUGCUUGGAAAAUGAAGCAAAGUAUUUGAUUCGACAAUUGGAAGGAAAAUUACGUAUUGGAUUAGCUGAACAAACUGUUUUAUCAGCACUUGCUCAAGCGGUGGUGAUGAAAAAUCCAGAAUUUGAUAAAUGGAAACAACAAAAAAAGGAAGAACAAUUGUCGACUGCAACGGAUAUCCUGAAGGCUGUUUACAAUCAAUUACCAAGUUACGAUAUGAUUGUACCUGCCCUUUUACAAUACCCCAUUGAUGAACUUUUAUCGAAAUGUACGAUGCGACCUGGCAUCCCAUUAAAACCCAUGUUGGCUCAUCCUACAAAAUCAUUACCAGAAAUAUUGGAUCGUUUUCAGGAUCAAAAAUUUACAUGUGAAUACAAAUAUGAUGGUGAACGAGCUCAAAUUCAUAGAACAAGUGAUGGCAAAAUCUCUAUUUACAGUCGAAACUCUGAAGACAUGUCUGUACGAUAUCCUGACAUCAUAGACAAGAUUAAAAAGUGGAUCAAACCAACAACUACUUCCUUUAUAUUGGAUUGUGAAGCUGUUGCAUGGGAUAUUGAAAAAGAAUGUAUUUUACCAUUCCAAAUUCUCAGUACUAGAAAACGAAAGGAUGUCAAAGAAGAAGAAAUUACUGUGCGUGUAGCCAUUUAUGGAUUUGAUUGUCUUUAUCUCAAUGGAAAAUCACUUUUACAAGAACCAUUUGUAGAACGACGCCGGUUACUGCACUCCUCCUUUAUCGAAACUAAGAAUGAAUUUUAUUUUGCAACACAUAUGGAUUCAAAUGAUAUUGCUGAUAUUCAAACAUUUUUGGAUGUAUCAAUUGAAAACAACUGUGAAGGACUGAUGGUGAAAUCUUAUGAUGGUGAUCAUGCGACAUAUGAACCAUCUAAACGAUCAAGAAAUUGGCUCAAGGUGAAGAAGGAUUAUUUGCAUGGAUUAGGUGAUUCGAUGGAUUUGGUGGUAAUGGGUGCAUAUCACGGACGUGGUAAACGAACUAAUGUAUAUGGUGGCUUUUUACUUGGUUGUUAUGAUCCUGAAUCUGAAGAAUAUCAAACCAUUUGUAAAAUUGGUACUGGUUUUUCUGAAGAAAUACUAAAAACAUUAUAUGAUCAACUCAGCAGUCAUGUCAUUCCUGCUCCCAAACGAUUUUAUUGUCUUGGUGACAAUCCAGCUACUCCAGAUGUAUGGUUUGAUCCUGUUGUAGUCUUUGAAGUCAAAUGUGCGGAUCUUAGUAUCAGUCCUACUUAUAUGGCAGGCGUUGGUCAAAUCAAUCCAUCUAAAGGUAUCUCUUUACGUUUCCCUCGUUUUAUUCGUAUUCGUGAGGACAAGGACCCUGAAGAUACUACUUCCAGUGGACAGAUCGUAGACUUUUAUUUGCAACAGCCAAACAUUUAG